GCGAUAUGCACAGCCAGCAUUUGCUUUUGUGCAAGAAGAUCAAAUGCUCGGAGAUCUGGACCCACAGGCUACAGGAGGCUGACUAUUGCAUCCGUCUGUCAGCACAGAAAACUAACCACAGUUGGGACUGCCAUACAGAGGAAGGCUGUAGUUCUGUCUUCAUGACUUCCAGUGACAUUUGUACUUGUUUUGAGGUCUUUCAGGCUUCAUUUUGAGGGAGGGAGAUGUCAACAGGGCUCAAUGUCCAGAUGAAUCACAUCAGCCUUUACACAACAAAGCUGGUAGUAGGAAAGAGUUAAGAUUGAAUGACGUCUUUCCCCAAGGUGGUCUUACUCUUUCAGUAUUUUGACAGCUUUCUCCCCAGUCAGAAUAAGCUAUUGAAUUAUUUUAUAGAAUUAUUCAGCUUUAUUUCUUUACACCUACUGCAGUGUAUGUCUAAACUUGUUAUAAAAAUCAUGCCUUUUAACCCCUUUAUGUCAUUCCGUACAAACAAUAUUGUUUGGUGAAAGACAAAAAAAAUAUAUGAGAAAGGAGAUGACAUUUCACAGUUUGUCUCUUCAUAUUGGCAUGUGUCUUAGUGGUCAUUCACUUUUGGAUGACUCAGACCUGGAAAGAUCAGUACCACAUGACUGACACUGAAAGUUGAGAUAUAGAAUCAGAGUAAUAGAGCAGGUGCUUUGCUCUUAAAGAAGAUGUCUGAUUUGGGGCCCACUGUUGAUCAAGUGAGAGCAAGUGUUAUGAAAGCACCUUUUGUUUUUUAUUUUUGAUCGGAGUAGUAUUAAUUUGUCCGGAGCAUUGAAUCCUCGAUAUAGAUAAAAAGCUUUGUGCCUGAAAAGACUUAAAGCUCUUAUCAACACCCUAUGAAACAGAUGAAAAAAUGCUCCAUAUUAACAUAUUUGAAACAUGACAAACAGUGAGACAGUGGACUAAAACUAGACGGAUAUUAGCUUCUUACAGAUACAUUGAUAUCAGUCCAUAUGUCAGCCAAUAAGUUAUAAGACAUUGUUAUAGACAAAUGCCUAAAAUAUCUCAUAAUGUAGAAAGAGUGUCUCCAUAGUUUGUCCAUCAGAGAGCACUGACAAGUUUAUCUUGGUUGCAAAAUAUGUCAUUAUUGGAUAUUUUUAAAUCUCAAUUUUAGAUAUCAGUAUUAGCCUCAAAAAUCCAGUAUUAGUCAAGCUAUUAUUUGGAUGAUACUUCAAACUUAGAUUAAGAGAGUAAUGAGUUAUUUCAAAGGAAACAUCACAGAACUGUGGAAGAAGGUGUUUGUUAAUCUGGUGUGUUUCUUGAUUUGUUCUGCCUGAGAUUCUGCAGCCGUUGCCUUAUUCUUAAUCAACAGAGCAUGAAAGUGGGGGGUUUUCUGACACCGUGGCUUCAUGUUGCCUUUUUCUGAACAAUGGUCUCUUAAUAAUUUUGUAUUCAAGUGUCCAAUCAUCAGCAUCAGGCCAGUGUUGCUCAAAAGAUGCAGUUUGCUUCAGAACAGCUUCUGUAGUUUAUGCAAGGCUACCUGUGGAGAUGCAGGAUCAAUACAGAAUCAAGUCUUACCUGCCAAAAACAAUCCACCAGCUUCAGGGGUUUAUGUCAAGAGCUUCAGGAUUCCUAUUUUUACUCCAGUCCCUCUGAGUAUUAAAAUUUUCAUCCAGACCUACUCAUACCACUGUAAGUUGGUAUAUGUUGAUGGAUGUAAAAAUGAUGAUUUGAGAAUUCCCCUAUCUAUCUGCUCUAAUUCUGUGAGUUCAGCUCACCCGUAUGUUCGCAGGGCCGCACUCCUGGGGAGACAUGGAUGAUCGGGGAAUUCAGCUGACAUAUUGAAUUACCCGCUCGGAUGGAAGAGCAUGGGAGAAGGGUUUGAGAAAGCUGAAAAGAGACGAGUGGAUUCAGGAGGGCAGGAGAGAGAUCGUCUGAGUCCUCCAUUGGACAUCCAGCUGGAGACAGUCAACUGCACCGCCUUCAGUGUACGAUGGAAGAUGCCCCGGCGACAUGUUAGCACCAUCACCGGAUACAAGGUCUUCUACACAGAGAUGAGGAAUGGCCAUCCAAUGGGUACAGCGUCUUUGAUGGAGGUGCCUCUCAGCUUGGACAUGCUGACCACUGGGCAAUUUGACGGACAAGCAAGCUUUGAUGUGGACAUUGAUAACCUUAAAGUGAACACUAAGUACAGAGUCACUGUCGGAGCGUAUGGUUGGGCAGGGGAGGGUAGACCCAGCAUGCCCAGAGACAUCGGCACUGCUUCACAUGACAUGUGCAUGCCCCCAUCACCCCCCACUCAGCCUGUUGUCAAGGCUGUAUCUGACACAGAGCUGGCGUUGUCAUGGCAGACAGGAGAGAGUGAGGGAAGCGCACCUGUCCUUCACUUCCUGGUGGCUUACAUCAGGCCAGAAAUGGACACAGAGUGGACAUAUAUCCGUGAGCCCAUUGAGACUAACUCCAUGGUUUUGAAGGGGUUAUUACCGGAAACAGAGUACCAGUUUGUUGUCAGGGCGGCCAACGUGCACGGAGUUAGCCCACCCAGCCACAUCAACAACCCCGUGCGCACUGCUGCCGUUCCGUAUCGAGGAGACACGUUUCAGUACGUGGUUCAGCAACCUGGGUACAGGCACAAAGGUGCAUCAGAUGUUGGCAGUGGUGAUUAUGGACGUUACAUCACAGAUUCAAGGAACAAAGAUGAAGAUGGCUUCGACAUUGAUGACUCUGAUUAUGAUAUCUUUAUUGAGGAGUUGAAGCCAUUCCCAGGUAUCAAUCAGGAUAACAGGAAGUCCCAGCUUCGUUCACGCCCUGAUCCGCCAUCUGGUCGGAACGUUGUUUACCGUAUGAACACCAUCGCUCCUCCCAACAUUACUGCCCCUACAGCUUCCUCCACCACCUCAUCCAUCUUCCCAGAUUUCACAGAUCUGGUUUUCUCACCUACCUCAGAGCCCAGUAUCACUAUUGACACCACAACUACUGCCCCACUUACCACUUCCGGCAUCACUUUACCCACCACCACUACCACCCCAACCAUGUCCCCCUGGAAAGGUGAGGUGCCUCGUGUGUACGACCUGACCUGUGAUGAUACUGUGUGCCCACCUGACAGCUUCUGUCUCAGCGAUUAUGACGGUGGAGGCUCACGCUGCCACUGUAACCUUGGACGGAGAGGGGACACUUGCUCUGAGGUGGUAUCAGUGAACUUUCCGAGGUUCUUUGGCUACUCUCACAUGACCUUUGAACCCUUGAAGAACUCCUACCAGACCUUUCAGAUCACUUUGGAGUUCAAGGCAGACUCUGAGGAUGGCUUGUUGCUAUACUGUGGAGAGAAUGAACACGGCCGUGGAGACUUUACUUCUUUGGCUCUGGUGCGAGGCAAGCUGCACUACAGGUUUAACUGUGGUACCGGAGCUGCUCAAAUAGUCAGUGAGAGUCACAUUGUUGUCGGUCAGUGGCACACGGUCACCGUCUUUAGAGAUGGAAUGAGCGGCUGGCUGCGUAUGGACAAUGACACCCCGAUAUCUGGGCGCUCACAGGGCCAGUACACUAAGAUCACUUUCCGCUCUCCGCUGUAUGUGGGUGGAUCACCGAGUGCUUAUUGGCUGGUCAGGGCGACAGGGACAAAUCGUGGUUUUCUUGGCUGCAUUCAGAGUCUGACCAUCAACAACAAGGCAACAGACAUCAGACCCUGGCCUCUGGGCAGAGCUCUGAGUGGAGCUGAUAUAGGUGAGUGCAGCGACAGCGUAUGUGACCUGAUCAGCUGUGCCAGUGGUGGUGUCUGCUUUGCAAACCGCGCCGAUGGCUACAUCUGCCUGUGCCCGCUCGGUUUCAGGGGAGCACUUUGUGAAGAGACUUUCUCACUGUUCUCACCUCUCUUCAAUGAGACAGUGUUUUCGUACGCUGUCAUCCAGUGGCCUCAGUCCUCUCAGAGUUAUCUGUCCUUCAUGGAGUUUGAGUUGACGUUUCAGCCGUCGAUGCCUGACGGGACACUGCUGUACAGUGAGGACGCAGGCAGUGGAGACUUCUUGGCUAUCAACCUGGUGGACAGAUAUGUAGAGUUCAGAUUUGACUGCGGCUCUGGAGGAGCUACAUUAAGGAGUGAAGAGCAGAUCAGUCUGGACACAUGGCAUGAGCUGAGGGUGUCUCGUACAGCAAAGAGUGGUAUCCUUCAGGUGGACAGCCAGAGGCCAAUGGAAGGAAUUGCUGAGGGAGCUUUUACUCAGAUAAACUGCAGUUCACCUCUUUAUGUUGGCGGAGUACCAGAAUACGAUAAAACCAAGAGGACAGCAGGUGUGAUAAAGCCCUUCACUGGAAUUAUUCAGAAGCUGAUACUCAAUGACCGCACCAUCCCGAUAACAACUGGCUCAGCUGGUGGAGUUAAUGUAGCAAAUUCAGCUCACCCAUGUGUGGAAAGUCCCUGUGCCAACGGAGGGACCUGCAGGCCAAAGUGGGACAGUUACGAAUGUGACUGCCCUCUAGGCUACGAUGGGAGGCACUGCCAGAAAGAGUGUGGGAAUUACUGUUUGAACACUGUGACUGAAGCCAUUGAGAUUCCGCAGUUUAUUGGCCGAAGUUACCUGACGUAUGACAACAGAGAUAUCCUGAAAAGGGUGUCUGGGUCCAGGACAAACCUUUUCAUGCGUUUUAAGAGCACAGCCAAGGAUGGCCUAUUGCUAUGGCGAGGAGACAGUCCAAUGAGACCCAACAGUGACUUCCUGUCGAUGGGGCUUCAGGAUGGAGCACUAAUCUUCAGUUAUAACCUGGGCAGCGGUGCGGCUAACAUUGCUGUCAACGGGACUUUUACCGAUGGAAAGUGGCACAGAGUCAAAGCUGUGAGAGAUGGACAGUCAGGAAAGCUGACAGUGGAUGACUAUGGAGCAAAAACAGGCAGGGCACCUGGAAAGAUGAGACAACUCAAUAUCAAUGGACCCUUAUAUGUUGGUGGCAUGAAAGAGAUAGCUCUGCACACAAACAGACAGUACAUUGGAGGCUUGGUGGGCUGCGUGUCCCACUUCACACUCUCCACUGAUUAUCACUUAGCACUGGUGGAAGAUGCUGCUGAUGGCAAGAACAUUAACACCUGCUCCAACUAGAAAAUGGCUUCAAUACAUGAAGGUCCCUGUUCAGCAACAUUUUCAACUGGAGCGAACACCAUUGAAAAUGACUAAAACAGUGACAUUUUGGUCUACCAAUUCAGGACUACUGACAUGGUAUAAACUCGAAGUGGGAAAAGACUAACAACAUUGUUACUUUCAGUCACAAGAAGAAUAAAGUGUGCAAAGUUUUCAAACCAACUUAAACCUGCCAAGUUGUACAUUUUAUUUUAACAUUAACAACUUGUUGAUGAAUUGCUUCAAACAGUUUUGACAUCUGACAACAGCAAAAAUGACCACGGGAUAUUACAAAGUACAAGUACUCUGUCAAAGGAGAAAAAAAGCUUAGCAUUAUGGGUUGAGUGUCUUUGAAGGACAAUUCUUUUCAUGGGAUGAUCCAAUUGUAUCUUUAUUUUUUCUACUGUAAAUCCUUAUUUGAUUGCUGGAAGAACCAAGAAGCAUCACAUGUGUGAGCAGCUAGCAGAGAUAAACUUCUUUGUAGAGGAUUUUGGUUUUGGCCCUAUUGUAUUUCUGUUGUUUUUUUGUUGUGGCAUUCUUGUUCGUGACGUGUUUUCAGUCCGUAGACUACAUUUUUUUAAAGUCUGAUUGAUGGCAGUUUUUGUAAAGGUUGCUAGUUUUGAAGGGUGAAGAAGUCAGCUGUUCACAAUAUGUAUGUCUUUAUACGCUCUUCUUUUAGUUGACAUGCUCCUUUAUUUGAAAAUCUCAGAUACUAGUCACAUUGAAGUCUGAAGGUGACAUGGUGAAGCAGUCAAAACCCUGGAGAAUUAUUUCAUGACAGUGUCUAUCAUCUGAAACCACAGCCCUUUGAACUUCAGCCUUGAAGUUGAACAUGUGUUUUCACACCAGAGAAAAUAGAGAAUUUCUCGUAUUUUAAGAAUUUGCAGUCAAGCAAUGCAACAUUGUCAAUUUAGUGCUUUCCCAAGCCUAAGCUCGACUUCUUAAAGGGGAAAAUGACACCAAUGUCUAAAUAAGAUGGAUUUCUCACGAGAGCUACAAUUAUAAUUGGUCAGUUAUUACACAACCUUACAACUUGAAUUUAUUUGAAGGAGAACAAAAGAAAGUCAGUGGUCGUCUAUGGCAUUUUCAACAAGUGUGUCAAGUCUGAAAGACAUUUUCAAAUGAGGUGCAUCCAAUGAAACACACCGUGUGACUGUGUAAUGUGAAUGAGCUUGAGCAAUGUGAUCCACCACUGGGUAACCAUCCAUUGUACAAAAUGUAGCACAUAUUGACUGUUGAAACAUGUUUGUUAAAUAGCUGUUAACCAUAGACUGUAGGGAAAUGUUGGUAUAGCAUCUGUAAUGUCAGCAUAUGUGUCUGAAGAUCCAUUUAAAGGUUUACUAUUGCUGCCAACUUUGUCAGCUAGUGGAGCCAGAUAAUCCAAAUUUGUGCAAAGGAACUGACCUGGGUGGAGCUGUGAUGGGACGAGCAAGCAGGAAUCAUCACGGCUGAGUGUGCUCAUCCCAAACAUUCUACUACUCAAGCCUUAAUAUCCCCCAUAAUAAUCCCCUCAAAAUGAAAACGAGUAAUUUACAGUCCUAAAGAAGUGUAUAUAGGUGUCAACAUUUGUUAUUUGAUGAAAAGUUGAUUGUAGGCGUGUUUGAAGGUAUAUCUUUCCAUUCCAUUCUUGCAGUCACAAUUAAACAGAAAUACAUUAUGUGAGUUAAAUAACAUUAGAUUUGCAAAACUCUGCCACCAUUUUCUUUUUUAACAUGAACAUGAAAUGUUUGCUGUAUUUGUAAAUGGUACACUGUGACAGCUGCCUCUCAAAAACUAGAUGCUGUAAUAAAUUCUAACCAAAUAGCCUGCUAAUUAAAUAGCAUUUUGUCAUGGUU